AUGAUUGUGGCUCAGGCUCUCCUGAUCACGUCGGAGCAAGUUGAAUCACCAUCAGAAAAUGGAAAGAGGAAUCCUGACAGACAAAAAAAGGGUGGAAAGAAGGGAAAGAAAAAGAAAAAGAAAAACAGGACACCCUGUGAAGAGGACUUUAAAAACUUCUGCAUUCAUGGUGAAUGCAAAUAUAUUGAACAUCUCCAGAUACCCACCUGCAAAUGCCAUCCAAAUUACUACGGUGAACGUUGUGUUGAACAGUUCUUGAAGUCACACCGAAGCAAUGAGGCCGUCAGUCAGUCGACCACCAUAUUAGUAGCUGUGGCUGUUGUCUUCUCAGUCCUCGCUUUUGCUGUCAUUGUAGCCAUUGCCAUCGUGCGGGUAAGAAAAAAAUAUCUGAAAUGUGAAGAGAAAGAAGAAAAGAAAAAGCUCCGUCAAGAAAAUGGAAGUUCCAGCAAUGAACGAGAUGAAGUUGAAGAGGCUGUUGGUGAAGUUCGCGAGACCCCAUGGAGACACAUCUGAGAAAAGGCAUGAACGGUCUUGAGGGUCGGUGGUGAGAAGCCAGCUUGCCUGCUCAGCAUGGAGAAGGCCACCAAGGGCACCCCGGCUGGCAGAGUGUUCCCUCUGCUUCUUGGCAAUUGCCAGGGAAUGUUCAAAUGAAUUCCUGUGCCACGUUUGCCAGCAAUGGAGAACUGCCCACCCUAUCAAGUACUAGAAGAUUAUCGUACAACUGCGACCUUGAAGACUUUGCUUUUGCUUCUUUUUCUUUUUGUUGCCUAUGAGUUAUUUAAGAGUUUACAGAGAAGAUGAGUCUAUGUGUAGAAAGGGUGGGGUGGGGGACAGAGAACUGAGACUCACUGUCUGAGCUGCCGUGUCCAUAAAGACAAAUACUUGACUGACUUCCACUGCUGCUUCCCCCUCCCCAAAGGUGAAUGAUAUAACCAACAAGAGAAACAGUUUGGCAGCCUCUGAAUAAAAGCCAUGCGAAUGCAUCUGGGACUCUACCUGGGAGAGAUGGCACAGGGCACAGCACUGUGCCCAUACCAGCACCACAUCAACACUGUGUGAGUUUUAUCAGCAAAAGAGUUGCUAGUUUGUCCAAUUGUGCUGUCGUCUUAUUCUACUCUGUCCCCAGAUCCUAUCUCCUAUUCCCACCAGUUCCUUAGUCCUCAAACCAACUACCUUUUGGGCAAUGCAGGGAAAUCAGCGCCUCCUGAAGUCCCACUGAGAUGAAUGGAGACUGCCCAGGGACAGUCGUUUGGUAGAAGAAGGUGCCCUCUGACGGAGAACGUCACCUGGCCUGAAGCAGAGAAGGCGGUUCCAGCAUUUGUGGCAGAAUAAUUGUGGAAGGAUAGAUAGCAGAUUUGCUUGAUAGUUUGAAGUGCCGCCUACCUGUUUCCAUGAAAGGCAGUGGGAGCAGAAGUGUCAUGGUUGUGUGCAGUACAGGAUCCUAAAACAAAUCUAUUUUCCACUUCCAGAAUAGAUACAACAAUUCCUGAAAAGAUGUCUCUUUUUUAAAUAGGGUUGGUCAAAAAAAAAUUAUUCCUGACAUCAAAACAAAACUUUACAAUGUACUUCUUGUGCUAUUUUGGUGUAAAUAUGUAAGUAAUAAGAGGGUUUUAGUUGUAAAUAAUAUAUCCCUUUAAAUAUGUUUGCGUACCUUGAAAAUGAUCUAUUUAUUUUACAAUUAAACUUUUUUACAGAUAUAUAAAAUAAGUGAAACGUGAUUUUUAUUUAAAGGAUGUACAAAUUUUAAAGAUGCAUUCUGAAUUUAAAAUAAGCAACCAAGGUGCCUUGCAAAACUCUAAUUAAAACCCACAUUUGUAUUGUU